UAAGAGAUUACUUGGAGGGUGAUUAGUGGAGAUUAAGUGACUCGGGGUAAUGGUCGUUAUAUUCAAACCGGCUAUAAAAGUCGCAAGGUGUAGAGGUCUCACUUAUUUAGUUGCCAGCCGUGGUGCGAGAACGUCGCUGCUCCGCAAGUGUGUUGUAGUGAAGCUUCGCCUGGAUACUCAGAGAGUAUAACCAUAACCAACCCUCAUCAAGGCCCCUUGUGGAUAUUGCUGCUCUUAAGAGUUCAUCUUUGUCGGUUGUCUAGAACAUCUAAAAAAAAAUGGAGGUAGUGCAAAGCUCAGCUGAGGUGAUGUACACUCUCACCGUUCCCCAGUUCUCCUACCAGGAGCUCGGUGAAACCUUCACCACCGACUUCCAACUGUCUGUGAACGGUGUGCGAACCAGCUGGCAGGCCACGCUCACACUCUUUAUGAAAGAAAACGUGUAUCCCAGCCAAGACCCCAUGAACAAUAACAUUGGAAUAGCGCUGGAGUGUAUACAAUGUAAUAUUAAUCGUCCUGACUUCAAGGUGUAUUGCCGUCUUCAAGGGAAAGAUCGGCACGAGAAGAGGCUGGCACGAUCUAGCGAUGGUAGCUGGAAAUGGCAGGGAAUUCUCGUUUCCAGGAUGACCCUGAACGUGUUUAAGCUCCUUAAAGACGACGUGCUGACAGCUCACCUACGCUUUGUGGUCGGUGAAAAUGAUGUGGCUAAAGGUCUGGAUUCCCGGGAAGAUCUAAUUCUCCACUUAAUGAAAAUACAAAAGACAGGAGUGUACAGUGACAUUGAAGUAUUAACAAGUGAUGGCAUGAGGCUCCCAGCUCACUGUGCAAUACUGAGUACCCGCUCGAACCUCCUGCAAAAGUUUCAGUCUGCGAUAGAGACUCGUGAAUGCGAAAAUGCCAGCACAAUACCCCUUCCAGGUACGAGGACGCCUAGAGCUAAGACUUCCCUGACAAGAGCAGAGAUUCCACUCGACAGUACCUUUGAAGGAGUAGCAUCAAGACACCGUUCAGUAACCUCAAUGUCGCCAGAUUCUUCCAGCACCAAAUGCGGGAAAUCGCAGAUCUCAAGACCUUCAACCAUACACGCAAAGGUGAUUUCAUUGCCAACUAUCACCGGCUCACCUGUUAGAUGUCUUAAUCCUAGUAGAACACCCAGCAAGCCUGGCAUGACUCACAACAAACGCUGCCUAAAUAACAGCACGAUGUCUCCCAGCAAACUUCCGAUUCCCAAUACAACGCUUCCCAAAAAGGAUCUUUUUUCUACAAGCCAACGUCUUUUGUCUCCCAGCCAACGUCUUUUGUCUCCCAGCCAACGUCUUUUGUCUCCCAGCCAACGUCUUUUGUCUCCCAGCCAACGUCUUUUGUCUCCCACCAAGCGUUCCCUGUCUCCCAGCACGCGCCCUCCUAGCAAGCGGUUCUUGACUCCAAGCAAACUUCUGACGAGCACCCCUAGUCCCUCCAUUGCGGAGACAACUUGCAGGAGAAUGCUCAGAGCUCCAGAAAAAAAACAUGAUCGAGAACCAUCUGAUACCUUUCACACGGAACCCCUUUCAUCAGAUCGUGGCAUAUGCUUCCCCGCUGGCGAGUCAAAUACACCACUAAAGCAACUCGAAAAUCGAAGUUUGAAAAGUCCCACCAAGAAAGCGUUUGUUAAAGUGAAUAUGUCGUCUUCCGUCACGCAGCAACUUCUGGAGUGGAUUUACAUAGGUGAUUGCAGCGACCUGGGUCGUCUAGCACGACCACUGCUGGUAGCUGGUCUGCGUCACGAGGUGAACGACCUAGUGUGGGCGUGCGAGAACCACCUGGCGGCCGAACUCACGCCCACCACCGCCCCCGACAUGCUGUUGCUGGCCCACAAAUGCGGGUCUGUGAGGCUCCGCGAGGCUGCCCUCCAAUAUGCCCUCCAGCACGUGCGUAUUGUCCCUCUUGUGCCCACAUUCUCGCCACAUCGUGGCUUUUCUUGA